AUGACAAAAGCAUCGUUCCUCAUCAGCCUCCUUCACGCCAUCCAUGCAUCACCUCUUCGCAUCCGUCAGGAGAAGCCUCCAUUCUUCCUCCUCGCAGGCGACUCGACAACAGCAGUUGGAGGUGGCUGGGGUGACGGUUUCCUCAACACAACCCUAAAGGCUCCAGCAUCAGGACUCAACUACGGCCAUAGCGGAGCCACGACCGUCUCGUUCCGAGCUGGAGGUGAUUGGGCUAAAGUCCUCGGACAGAUAGAAAGUCAUAGAGAAGAAUUCGAGGUCUUUGUUACGAUCCAAUUUGGCCACAACGACCAAAAGCCGGCGGCAAACAUCUCUUUAGAUGAAUACGGGACAAAUCUUGCGGCUUUCGCGGAUGAAGUCACGGAUUCUGGAGGUGAACCUAUCUUGCUUACUCCUUUGACGAGACGAGGGUUUGAUGAUUCAGAUCCACCUAAAGUUGUGGAGAAUCUUGUGAAUGAACGACGGAAGACGAUCGAGAUUGCUGAGACAAAUGGUGUCAAAUGGAUCGAUUUGAAUCUGAGAAGUCAGGAGUAUUGUAACGCCAUUGGACCGGAUGCGAGUUGGAAGCAUGAUCUGAGUGAGGGUGAUCAUACGCAUUUGAAUGAUCAUGGGAGUGUCGUGUUCGGGAGAUUGGUGAGUGAUUUGCUGGUGGGCAAGUAUGGGGAACUCUUUAAGGAGUGGACAGUGCCCAAUGUGACGUUGAGUGAGGCGUUGGAGGAGGGUGUGCCUGCUUGA